AUGUUACAUCUACUGUCAGUGUCUGAAAGUAGGGACCACAAAUUAAAUUUAGCGCCUGGAUACAAAGGGAGUAAGAUUUACACGCGUACAGGCCAGCAAGUUUUUUGGCUUGGCGAGGUUCGAUCGAAUACCGUAUGUCAGGACUACAAGACCAUCAAGUAUGACUGUUUAAAACAGAAAAAGCUAUUCGAAGAUCCCGAGUUCCCUCCUGUCGAUGACGCUCUGUCCGAAAAGUCGCCUGAUGAGCCAGUUAUUUGGCUACGACCUCAUGAAAUAUGCGCCAAUCCAAAACUAUUUGUGGAGGGCCUGAGUCGCUUCGACAUACGACAAGGAGAUUUAGGAAAUUGCUGGCUGCUUGCUGCAUUAGCAAAUCUCACAAUGUACAAUUAUUUGAUGAAACAAGUGAUACCUAGUGAGCAGAGCUUCGAUGAGAACUAUGCGGGCAUUUUUCAUUUCUGGUUCUGGCAGUAUGGGCGUUGGGUGGAUGUGGUGAUUGAUGAUCGGCUGCCAACUCGCAAUGGCAAGCUGAUCAACCUGCGAUCCACAGCGGAGAAUGAGUUCUGGAGUGCACUGUUCGAAAAGGCGUAUGCAAAAUUGCACGGGUCGUACGGUUCACUCAAAGGUGGAUCAAUAAGCGAGGGGAUGGAAGACAUCACCGGUGGGGUGUCAGAGACAUACUCCAUGAAGAAAUUGCCGAAAAGCUUUUAUAAUAUCUUGCUGAAGGCCUACAAGAGGAACACACUUAUUGGUUGCUCUAUCCAAGUAAAUAAUUCGGAUUCCUAUCGAAAAAAAGCGGAGGGGUUGAUCUGCUGGCAUGCGUACUCUGUGACAUGCGUCAGAUUUAUUGAGACUAAGAAGUCAGUAAAAAUCCCAAUGUUGCGUCUGCGCAACCCCUGGGGCAAUGAAAAGGAAUGGAACGGCCCUUGGAGCGACAAGUCCAAACAGUGGCAGUCCCUUUCUGAUGAGGAGAGGCAAAAGGUCGGGUUGGUCGUUGAUUCCGACGGUGAAUUCUGGAUGUCAUACCAGGAUUUUAAGCAUCGUUUCACACACGUGGAAUUAUGUAAUUUGAACCCCGAUUCGUUACAUCUAGAGGAUUUUGAAGAGGAAAUCAAGAAAUGGGAGGUAACCGUGUUUGAAGGACAAUGGACCAAAGGCGUGACUGCGGGCGGAUACCAUGAUAUGCCACAUUUCCAUGUCAACCCUCAGUACAUCAUAAAAGUUGUCGACACCGAUGAAGAAGAUGACGAUGACUUAUGCACGAUAAUCGUGGCCCUGAUGCAAAAGAAUCGUCGUUGGAAAAACCUCCAGUAUCUAGAAGUAGGUUUCGAAAUAUAUCGAUUACCAGAAAAAGGUGUACCGAAACCAUUGAAUAUGAAGUUCUUCAAAGCGAACAAGCCCAUAGGACACUCAAGCAAGUCACGCAUGAGAGAAAUUAGCAAAAGAUUCAAACUGAAGCCCGGAUCGUAUGUCAUAAUACCGUAUACGUCAAAACCACAUGAAGAGGGCGAGUUCCUUCUUCGCGUGUACACAGAAAGUGUUCACGAUAUGAUAAAACACGAUAACGAAUUUGGCAAGGUUGAAGUAGAUGAAAGGGUAAAAGAUAUGCCGGUAGCUGAAUUAGACCCGACGUUGAGCAUGUUCAAUCAAAUGGCUGGUAAUGACAAUAAGCUUGAUUGGGAAGAGUUGAAGGCUUUACUUGAUGGUCCUUCCAGAGCUGGUGGUAAGAAAAGAGGAUAA